GAUGUCUCGCUGCUCGUGACCGCACAACCAAGAUGAGCGACGCCAUUGUUUCCAAGAACCUCUACGAGCUCCUGGGCAACGACCCGGAGCUCGACCCUGAGCGGGCGACUCCACAGGUGCCAACCAAGGUCAUUGACAAGCCAGUCGCAAGAACCGGCAAGCGCAAUGCUCCAGCCGAAGGAAACGCUGCCGUUCGGGAUGACACACGACAAGGUGGACGUGGUGGUGCCAUAAAGGGUGAUGGAGAUGGCCUCCGCAGCGACCGCCAACCUCGUUCAGAUAGGAACUACGAGCGUCGUGGUGGUGAGGGACGUGGCCGUGGUGACAGGCGCGGACGCGGUGGUUACGAAGGACGCGGACGUGGUGGCCGAGGAGGUGCGCCACGCGAUGACCGUCACAGCCACACCGGUGUCGGUGACUCUGAGAAGCAGGCCGCGCAUGGCUGGGGCGGUAACAACGGCCAAGCCGAGUGGGCAGAUGAAUCAGCCGGUGAUGCCAUUGCCAAGGCUGAAGUCAACAACGAGCCUGGCUUCGCCGCAGACACUGGUGCUGGUGAUCCUGCCUUCUCGAACGGCCCAGAUGGCCCGGUCGGUGGAGAUGCAGAGGCUGAACCAGAAGACAAGACCAAGUCAUACGAUGAAUACCUGAAGGAGCUUGCCGAAAAGAAGCUUGCUCUGUCCAGCGAGGCACCAGCUAUCCGCAAGCCAAACGAGGGCUCGAAGACCAAGUUCCCAGAAGGUCAAGCCGUCAGCCGCGAACAGGAGGAUUUCUUCAUCGGCGGUGGUGGAAAGACCAAGAAGACCAAGGAGGUCAAGGAGAAGGAACGCAUCAACUUGGACGGCCAGUACUACGCUGCACCAGACGCUGGCGAUCGUGGUGGACGAGGCGGCUCACGUGGUGGCCGUGGCCGUGGCGAGGGUCGUGGAUCAUUCCGCGGCGAGGGUCGUGGUGGUCGCGGUGGACGUGGCCGUGGUGAUCGUGGUGACUUUAGAGGAGCACCUCGCGGUGACCGGGCCCCACGCGGCGGCGGCAGCGCCUUCAACGCCAACGACUCGAGUGCAUUCCCUGCUCUCGGGGCAUAGAAUGCACGCCUGCAUCUCCCACCACAACAUUCUCGGGUGUUUUGAGCUGUAGCACAACGGCGAAAACACAGAGAUGGCGCAGAACCGCCUCAAUGUAGUGAAGAAGGCUCGAGACGACUGAAUUGUCCCCUGUUCAGCACAGUUAGUCGCAGAACAAAAACGUUAAUCAAACGAUGUACUCACUAUCUUCCUUG